AUGUCUUACACAAUCAUUGUUCUCUGCAUCGUAGCUCUCGAAAUCCUCCGAAGAAUCUGCAUUUCAGUUUAUACUGCAUUUUUCACCCCGCUUUCUAAAGUCCCCGGUCCCUUGCGCCUCAAAUUAUGCGGAAGUAUAUGGUUAUAUCAUACCCUGCGGGGAGAAACGAUGAACAUCGCCCCGAAGCUUUUCAAGAAAUAUGGUGAUGUUGUGAGGAUUGGUCCAAACGAGAUAAUGGUCUCAUCCAAAUCCGCCAUUCAGAAAAUCGUAGUCGAUGACGAUUUCAGGAAAAGUCCGCUCUAUACUCUAACUCAGGAAGAUCCGCAUGUGAGCAAUUUAUUCACAGAGACGAAUACUAGGGUUUAUAAACAGAAGAGGAGACCUUUAUCCGCCGGAUUUUCCAUCUCUUUCUUAAACGCAAUGGAACCACUCAUGCAAUCGUGUGUUGACUUCAUGGUUGAGGUAUUAGAAUCGAGAUGUAUUACGGAUAUUGCAAGUGAAGAUGGGAGGGCUGUAGUUGACAUGUCUUCUAUGCUUGGGAAUCUCACAAUGGACGUAAUGUCUGCUACUCUCUUUGGCGGAUCCUUCGGUCUCGUCAUCAAUGAAGAUCCACAUAUGAAGAACUUAUUCCUUGAUCGUCUACGUAGGGUAUACAUUGAUGUUGUCCUACCAUUCGUCAAAUACAUCCCGUUCAUACCAAGUCCUGUGAAGGAAAUGGAUCGCAUGAUUGAUGGAAUUAUCAAAACGAGACGGGAAGAAAUGAGAAAAGAUAGAAAAGUGGAGGAAGGAGAGAAGUCAAAAGAGAAGAAGGAUUUGUUACAAAUCUUCUUGGAUGCGAAUGAGAGUGAUCCGAAGGGAUUUACCGACAAACAUCUAAUGGAGGAAAUGAGGUUAUUCAUGAUCGCCGGCAGCGACACAACAGGCACAACUUGCACCUUUACACUUCUUCUUCUCCUUAACAAUCCCUCUAAACUACAACUUCUUACACAAGAGAUACUCUCUGUGAUCCCAUCCAAAAACGAUACCAUCACUUUUGCAAAUACGCAAGAAUUGCCAUAUCUAAAUGCUGCGAUCAAUGAGAGUAUGAGACUCAUGCCGAUGGUUGUUUCGGGGUUGCCUCGAUAUACUAGUGAGACGAAUUGGAUUGAUGGGUUUGAGAUUCCUGCGAACGUAACAACCUACGCCUUCCCCAACAUCCUUCAAAUCGACCCUCGCAUCUGGCCCGACGCCAAUUCCUAUAUUCCCGAGCGCUGGCUCGCCAAUUACAAAGAUGUACCCGUGGAUAAAAAAGCCUUCCUGCCGUUCUCAGGCGGAGUAAGAAAUUGUAUUGGACAGCAAUUCGCACUCCGCGAAAUCCGCCUCAUUCUCGCGACGGUGAUUCGAAGAUUCGAAGUUGAUUUGAUACCAGGGCAAAGUCAUGAAUUGAGGGUUCAUGCGGUGCCGUAUUUUAGGGAGGGGAGGUAUUUGAUGGGGGUGAGGGUUAGGAGGGAGUAG